GUUUCUUGGCUACAUGGAUGUUCUUUUAAAGAAUUAUUGAAGACAAAGUUUUUUUAUUUUUGUUUUUUAAUGGCUUUACAGAAUUUUAAAUCGAAUAUAAUUUGACAUGACGGCAAAAAAUGUUGGUUUGAGUUCCACAAAUGCAGAACUAAGAGGAUUUAUAGAUCAGAAUCUCAGUCCAACAAAAGGUAACAUUUCAUUUGUUGCAUUUCCAGUUUCCAGCACCAACUCACCAACAAAGAUUUUACCAAAAACCUUAGAACCAAUAAAUGUGAAUGUUGGACCCCAAAUGAUUAUAAGCACACCACAGAGACUAACCAGUUCAGGAAGUGUUCUGAUUGGGAGUCCAUAUACCCCUGCACCAGCAAUGGUUACUCAGACACACAUAGCAGAAGCUACCGGCUGGGUCCCAGGUGAUAGAAAACGGGCUAGAGAAUUUAUAGACUCUGAUUUUUCAGAGAGUAAACGAAGCAAAAAAGGAGAUAAAAAUGGAAAAGGCUUGAGACAUUUUUCAAUGAAAGUGUGUGAGAAAGUUCAGCGGAAAGGUACAACAUCAUAUAAUGAAGUAGCUGAUGAGCUGGUGUCAGAGUUCACCAAUUCAAAUAAUCAUUUGGCAGCUGAUUCGCAGGCUUAUGACCAGAAGAACAUUAGGCGAAGAGUUUAUGAUGCUUUAAAUGUGCUAAUGGCAAUGAACAUAAUUUCAAAGGAAAAAAAAGAAAUCAAGUGGAUUGGCCUGCCUACCAAUUCUGCUCAGGAAUGUCAGAACCUGGAGAUAGAGAAGCAGAGGCGGAUAGAACGGAUAAAGCAGAAGCGGGCCCAGCUGCAAGAACUGCUCCUGCAGCAAAUCGCUUUCAAAAACCUGGUACAGAGAAACCGGCAAAAUGAACAGCAGAACCAGGGCCCUCCAGCUCUGAACUCCACCAUUCAGCUGCCAUUUAUAAUCAUCAAUACAAGCAGGAAAACAGUCAUAGACUGCAGCAUCUCCAGUGACAAGUUUGAAUAUCUUUUUAAUUUUGACAACACCUUCGAGAUCCAUGAUGACAUCGAAGUACUGAAGCGGAUGGGAAUGUCCUUUGGCCUGGAGUCAGGCAAAUGCUCCUUGGAGGAUCUGAAACUUGCUAAAUCACUGGUGCCAAAGGCUUUAGAAGGUUAUAUCACAGAUAUCUCCACAGGACCUUCUUGGUUAAACCAGGGACUACUUUUGAACUCUACCCAAUCAGUUUCAAAUUUAGACCUGACCACUGGUGCCACCUUGUCCCAGUCAAGUGUAAACCAGGGGUUAUGCCUGGAUGCUGAAGUGGCCUUAGCAACUGGGCAGCUCCUUGCCCCAAACAGUCACCAGUCCAGCAGUGCGGCCUCUCACUGCUCCGAGUCCCGAGGCGAGACCCCCUGUUCGUUCAACGACGAAGACGAGGAAGAUGACGAGGAGGACUCCUCCUCCCCAGAAUAAAGACAGGACAAAAACCCACGUUUUAAUA